GGGACGCGGCCGCUGUGGAGGCGGUGGCUGUCCAGCUGUCAGGUUAGGCUGAGAAAGUGUGGGGAGUUUGAUGGGGAGAGUGAGGAGAGAGAAGCGGCCGCUACCAGGUGUAUAAGUGUUGUGUGUCCCAUCCCUACAUGUGAAGAUGACUAGACUAGGAUUCCUCCGGCUGUCCUACGAGAAACAGGACACUCUCCUCAAACUCCUCAUCCUGUCCAUGGCCGCAAUUCUCUCUUUCUCCACCAGGUUGUUCUCCGUGCUGCGGUUUGAGAGCGUCAUCCACGAGUUUGAUCCGUAUUUCAACUACCGGACCACCCGGUUCCUGACAGAGGAAGGGUUCUAUAAGUUCCUGAAUUGGUUCGAUGACCGAGCAUGGUAUCCCCUGGGGAGAAUUAUAGGGGGAACCAUCUACCCAGGUUUGAUGAUAACAUCAGCAGCGUUUUACCACACUAUGCACUUCUUCCACAUCACCAUCGACAUCAGGAAUGUAUGCGUGUUCCUAGCGCCUCUCUUCUCCUCCUUCACCACUAUCGUCACUUAUCACCUGACCAAAGAGCUGAAGGAUGCAGGUGCCGGUCUGUUAGCAGCAGCGAUGAUUGCUGUAGUGCCGGGAUAUAUCUCCCGAUCUGUGGCUGGAUCGUAUGAUAAUGAAGGUAUUGCCAUCUUCUGCAUGUUGCUUACAUACUACAUGUGGAUCAAGGCAGUAAAGACUGGCUCCAUCUACUGGGCCGCUAUGUGUGCCCUUGCCUAUUUUUACAUGGUCUCUUCCUGGGGAGGUUACGUGUUUCUGAUCAAUCUGAUCCCUCUUCAUGUCCUCGUCCUGAUGCUGACUGGCCGCUUCUCCCACCGCAUCUACGUGGCCUAUUGCACAGUCUACUGUCUGGGUACCAUCCUGUCUAUGCAGAUCUCCUUUGUUGGUUUUCAGCCGGUUCUGUCCUCUGAACACAUGGCGGCCUUAGGAGUGUUUGGACUGUGCCAGAUACAUGCGUACGUGGACUAUCUGCGGAGCAAGCUGAACCCCCAGCAAUUUGAGAUUCUCUUCAGAAGCAUCAUCUCCUUGGUUGGGUUUGUCCUGCUGACUGUGGGGGCCGCGCUGAUGCUGACAGGUAAAAUCUCUCCAUGGACCGGACGUUUCUAUUCCCUCCUGGAUCCGUCUUACGCCAAGAACAACAUUCCCAUCAUUGCGUCCGUUUCUGAACAUCAGCCCACUACCUGGUCCUCCUACUACUUUGACCUUCAGCUCCUCGUCUUCAUGUUUCCAGUGGGUCUGUAUUACUGCUUCAGUAACCUGUCUGAUGCCAGAAUAUUCAUCAUCAUGUACGGAGUCACUAGCAUGUACUUCUCCGCCGUCAUGGUGCGUCUGAUGCUGGUCUUGGCCCCCGUCAUGUGUAUUCUGUCCGGUAUUGGGGUAUCUCAGGUAUUAACUACUUACAUGAAGAACCUUGACAUAAGCCGUCCUGAUAAGAAAACUAAAAAACAACAGGAUUCCACAUACCCAAUUAAAAAUGAGGUUGCCAGUGGAAUGAUCAUGGUAAUGGCGUUCUUCCUGGUCACUUACACAUUCCAUUCCACCUGGGUCACCAGCGAGGCGUACUCUUCGCCCUCAAUUGUGCUGUCUGCGCGGGGAGGAGAUGGGAGCCGCAUCAUAUUUGAUGAUUUCAGAGAGGCCUACUACUGGCUUCGACACAACACCCCCGAGGACGCCAAAGUCAUGUCAUGGUGGGAUUAUGGAUACCAGAUUACUGCAAUGGCCAAUCGAACAAUCCUGGUGGAUAAUAACACCUGGAACAAUACGCACAUUUCCCGUGUGGGCCAGGCCAUGGCAUCCACAGAAGAGAAAGCCUAUGAGAUUAUGAGGGAGCUGGACGUCAGUUACGUCCUGGUUAUAUUUGGAGGCCUCACCGGAUACUCGUCGGAUGAUAUUAACAAGUUUUUGUGGAUGGUGAGAAUUGGUGGCAGUACAGACACCGGUAAACACAUAAAGGAACACGAUUACUACACACCAACAGGAGAGUUCCGUGUGGAUAGAGAAGGGUCCCCGGUUCUUCUCAACUGCCUUAUGUACAAGAUGUGCUACUACCGAUUUGGACAAGUAUACACAGAAGCCAAGCGGCCUCCAGGCUAUGACCGGGUCAGGAAUGCUGAAAUCGGAAAUAAAGAUUUUGAGCUGGAUGUCUUGGAAGAAGCCUACACCACUGAGCAUUGGCUGGUCCGAAUAUACAAAGUAAAAGAUCUUGACAACCGCGGCCUUUCCAGGACAUAACGUUGCCUUCAGCUUUAACACAAACAGCACUGAGAGAGCCCUCGCCUGUGAACCAGAUUUUUAUACUGUUUCUAUUGACGGGAAGAAUGAAACUUGAUUGGCCAAUGGGGUUGCACUGGUCGCUGCACAUUCUGCGUGGAAUGCUUUUUAUCAAUAUGAAUGUGUUACCAAAAUAGUUGAAUUUGUGGGUAUGACAAUGGUCAAUUAAAGAUGGGGAUUAAAUUC